AUGGCCCCCAGCACCGCGGCCGUGGAGCUGCUCAGCCCCAAAGAGAAAAACCGCCUGCGGAAGCCGGUGGUGGAGAAGAUGCGCCGCGACCGCAUCAACAGCAGCAUCGAGCAGCUGAAGCUGCUGCUGGAGCAGGAGUUCGCGCGGCACCAGCCCAACUCCAAGCUGGAGAAGGCCGACAUCCUGGAGAUGGCCGUGAGCUACCUGAAGCACAGCAGAGCCUUCGCCGCCGCCGCCGCCGCCGCCGCCGCCGCCAAGAGCCCGCCGCAGGACUACAGCGAGGGCUACGCGUGGUGCCUGCAGGAGGCCGUGCACUUCCUGACGCUGCACGCCGCCGGCGACGCGCAGAUGCAGCUGCUCUGCCACUUCCAGCGGCCCCCGGCCGCGCCCGCCGCGCCCGCCCAGGAGCCCCAGGCGCCCGGCGCCGCGCCCCCGCCCGCGCUCUCCUCCGCCAAGGCCGCCGCCGCCGCGCGCCAGCCCGCCUGCGGCCUCUGGCGGCCCUGGUGA